AUGCCCUCUCAACGUAACUGUGUGAAGAAGCUGCAACAGGCAGUGGUCGUGGGUGCGCUCAGCAGCGGGACCUGCAACUACGCCUAUGCGUAUCAGAAGAUCCGCCAGUCCAAGAAAAACGACAACCAAGGAGGGCCUCCUCAUGAUCACGAUGAAAGCGAGACCACUCGCAAGCCGUGUCGCGGCAACCUGCGUGGAGUUAAGGCUUGUCCUAAAAAUGCUGCAUUUUAUUUGGAGUACUUGUAUGUUGCCCCAACAAGAAGGAUUGUUCGUCUUAUAAUACUUACACAACCUACACCUGCUUCAAAGUUCUUUUGUUCAUCUUAUACUAGUACACCUUCACCUUGGUAAAAAAUAUACUGUAAUUAUAAUUUCGAGUGCUCAUCUGUUGUGCAUGAUCUAUUAAUUCUUCCAAGUGUCAGCUUCGAAUAGUUACUAGAGUCAGCACGAUUAUCUAAAUAUUACUUCCAAAUGUUAGACAUCGAGUCCAAUCCGUGUACUCCUUCCUCAGUCUCAAAGAUGACAGACUUCCAAGGUGAAUUUGUCUUCUCUAAUUGAAGAAAGCCACCUUGCGAUGAAGAUGAUUCCGCUCGCUCUGCGCACACCGACGAAAAAGAGGCCCAAGAAGAUGUCUUCGAUGAGACUGCGACCGGUCCUACCGCUUUUAUGGUGACUGAGACGGGCAGACAAGAGCAGAUGCCUAAGGAUAAGCCUAAACCUUAUGGACAAGUGAAGAGUAUCUACUACAUGAUUAGAAAUUUCAUGUACAUGAUUAGUCAUUUCAGAGAGUUUAACAAAAACAAACAUCAUCCCAUGCAUGCUUAAAUCCGCGAGUAACAUGUUCGUUAACACCAUGCAGGGGAAUUUUUCUUCAGCCUGAGCAUCAGCCCAUACGUAGAACCCACUCUGAUUCAGUUCCUCAACGGCAAGUAUCGGAAACUACGAUCUAAUAUCACUUUCAUUCAACUUGGUAGAUAUAUGUCACAGGAGAUCACGAGACAAUGUUCAUGAUGAAGUAGAAGUAAGGGUCGUGUUGUUGUUUGUCCUCAACACGGAUGCACCUGAGCAUGCGAAGGCGUCGCUCUAAUUCAACAAGGGGAAAAGAACCUCGAAGAGAAACAAGGCGACGGCAGGGCCAACGGCAGAGCCAAAGGCAGAGCGAAAGGCAGAGCCAACGGCAGAGCGAAAGGCUUAAGGCGACUUCUAUUUACUGGCUCAAUGAUAUACUUUUUUGUUUUAAAAGUAAGGUGUAACGACUUGGUCUUCUUCGGUAGUUCAAAAUCAUUACUGUACUCCACUCCUCCUGUUAACGCCAAAAAAUGUGGUGACGGGGGCACUUCAAAAUUAGAAAUGCAUCCUCCAGGACGUCUAUGGCCCUUUUUAACAGGAUAUGAAGACGAUUACUCUAAUUCAAACAGGCGCCGGAGCAGGAGGACGAGCUACUUCGGAAAGAAAAGCGACACCUUCUAAUCAAACAAUUUUAAGCCGACUUCUAUUGAACAUGCAUCCUCGACGGCAUCCCUGGGCUCUGUACACUCAGAAAAAGUAG